CAGCGGGUCACGGCGGCUGAAAGCGCGCGUGGGAAGCGGGGGCUCUAGGUGCAAUAAGAGUUUCGGGAUGUCAGAGAAAGAUGUCUCCCGGAAGGAGGCAGGCUAAAGAGUGGGUACUACCACCUGCCUCAAGACAGGUGGGAGAGAAGGGGAUGAGGCUGGUGUCAAAGAUCAAGGGUCCCGCGCUCUGAGUUCAGGGAGUUAGUUUGGUGUAGGAGGCAUAGGUCAGAGGUCUCACGCAAGUGAGAAGGCUCUAAGGGGAGUCACAAACCCGGGGAGUUGAAUCUUCUGGGAGGAUUGAAUCUUCUCUAGCGAGCUGCUCUAUAAGGUUAGAAUUCAAGGAGAUGUUAUCUCGUGGGGGGUCGGCCAAAGGCUGGCAAAGCCAAGCCUGUCAAAGGUCAUAGGAUUGGCGGGCCCUCUAAGACUCGCUGUAGAUAAAGCGAUUUCACUUGAUUUACUGUUCUGUCAUGCGUGCUCCUCUCCUGACCAGAGGGGUCUCAGUCACCAUGGAGGACCGGCACCCCAAAGAGACUAUGGAGCAGCAGGAUUCGUCCAAGGAGAGAAGUCCCCAAAGUCCGGGAGGUGACAUCUGCCACUUGGGGGCCCUGCAGUGCACCCGCUGCCUCAUCACCUUCGCAGACGCCAAGUUCCAGGAGCGUCACAUGAAGCGGGAGCACCCAGCGGACUUCGUGGCCCAGAAGCUGCAGGGGGUCCUCUUCAUCUGCUUCACGUGCGCCCGCUCCUUCCCCUCCUCCAAGGCCCUCAUCACCCACCAGCGCAGCCACGGUCCAGCGGCCAGGCCCUCCCAGCCGGCUGCGCCCACCACCACGCCACCCACCUUCCCCUGUCCUGACUGUGGCAAGACCUUUGGGCAGGCCGCUUCUCUGAGGCGGCAUCGCCAGGCGCACGAGGCCCACCCCCCUCCUGGCCCCUUCGCCUGCACUGAGUGCGGGCAGGACUUUGCCCAGGAAGCAGGGCUGCAUCAGCACUACAUCCGGCACGCCCGGGGCGAGCUCUGAGUGUGGCUCCAGCCCUCCCUAGGGCACUGGAAGCUCUGUGGCUGGUGGGACAGCCAUCUGAUAUGGGACGGGAGGGAUUUACUUUCCUCCCUGGACAGGCAAAGGACUCCUGCAAUAGGACCCAGAAGAUGCUCAUUGAGGGCUUUUGUCUUUGGAGAACACAAAAGCCUUCAGGGAAACAGUAAAAUCAAACAAUAGUGAGAUCUUUUGUUUUAAAAAAAAGAAAUUAACAAGAAAGGGAAAUUUGUUAUUUGUACCUUCCUCGUUCCCAAUUAAAUAGUUUGAAAU